UGAGAUUCGAACUCGGGUCUUCGUGGAUAUGUGUCUGGCGCUUCAACAAGUGGGGCUGCUGGCCUCUCAUCGGUCAAUACAAUCAUCUCAUUUAUAUUUAUUCGCUUUAAAAUCCUUAAUACGAAAUGUUUAAUGCGGAUUAAGUUUAUCUCGUUUUUUUUCUAAUACGUCAAAACACUUCCUAAUUACUUAAAUUCUUAUAUUCUUCUUUUUCAUAAUUUCAUCAUAAUAAACUUAAAUUUUAUCAACAAAUCUUUAAUUUGAAAAUUACGUUCAGUGGAACGUGGUAAAAGUUAUUAUUAAAAUUAUCAAAAUUCCAACGAACUACAUGGACUUUGAUCCCGUCUAACGGGUACGUAGGCAACCGAUAAGGUUCGAGUCCAACUAAUCCACUAACUUUAUCUUUAAAUUUGUACGUCAGUGGGCGUGUAAUUAAGUUACAACUAAUACGAUAAAAUCAUUAAAUGGUCCAGUGGGACCCUAAAAUUACAAAAUUAUUACUUAAAAACACACCCAACACAUUUAAACUUAUCAACUUAAGUAGUACCGAUUUAGGGCGUUGUGGGGGUGUUGCUUAACUUCCCCACACGUAACCGUACUCCCGAACCCAGAACUUCAUUUUCGCAGACCAUAUCUCAAUUCUGACCCUAAGGUUAGAGCCGAUCCUAAGAGUGUUCGAUCCACUCCAAGUAAGAUCGAUGGCGACUCCCAAAAAUGCCGACGCGACGACAUUCGGACCCACUGGUGUUACGGGACGGUUGCGACACCUCAAUAGCAGUACGUUUUGGCAGCCAUUCUUUAGGCAAUGAUCUAAGAACUUUGCGAUUUAAAUCUUUUGCUUGAAAAAUUCUCCCUAAUCCCUUUAGUUUAUUGAUGAGAACAGUAAAUCGAGAGUACGUUUCAUGUAUUCCUUCACCAUCUAGCAUAUUGAAAGUCUCGUAAUUGUGCAUUAAAAGUUCAACACAAGAUUCUUUAAUAUUAGAAGUACCUUCAUAGGUGCUUUCCAGAGUAACCCAGAUCUCUUUCGUUGUCUCACAGUUCUCAACUUGAUCUGCUUCAUCUGGAUUCAUCGCAGACUGUAGGAUAUGCAUCACUCUUUGAUUCAGCUGGGCGCUUUUCUUCUAGAGCUGCUGACCAAUUAUCUUUUUUCAUUAAUAUCCAUCAGAACGGGUCCGCUUUGGACAAUUAGCCAUAGCUCUUCUCCACUCCCCACAUGAAUUGCUUCAUCCGCUUUUUCUAGGCAGUAUAAUUUGAUCCGAUGAAAAUAGGCGGAUGAUUCAGAGUGACUUGCCCGAAUGAGCCAGACGCCAUUGAAUCGAUUACCUUGGCAGCAAUGAGCUUCGUCAAGGCAGUGGUCUGAUACAACUUGAAGAUGGAAUUAGAAUUUUUUUUUUAUAAUGAUGAUGAACUUCAAAUUAAAUGAACGGAACGGAACGAAAGUACAUGUACAGAGACCCACGAGGAGUGGGACGAGAGGAAAAGAAAGACAAAAAGACAACAAAAGCCAAAGUAUCCUGUCUAACGAGAGUAAAAAGAGGAGGUGAAAAGAGAAUAGGGAUAAAAGAAAGGGAAAGAAAGCAGGUCAGGGAGCAAAUCACCCAACAGAAGAAUUCCAGUGGGUGAGGCGAUCCUAAAGAAAGCGCACCUCCUGCUGCUUGUCGAUCUUCUUGUGCGUAGAGAUCCAGUCAACAAUAGAUCUGGUGAUCUUCUUGGCGACAACCAGAUGAGGACAGCAAGACUCCUAGAAUAUCCGCUGGUUUCUUUCUUUCCACACAUACCAACAGAUCGCAUGAGUGGCACAGGAGAUGAACCAGGCGUCAACACCUUCCAGAUUAGGUUCAUUGUGAUUGAUAAUGCUGGAGAUAUCUCUCGAAGACAAGUCCGAACGAAUAAUGUUUCUAAACACCUCUUCCCACACUCUCCUGGUGAAGCAGCACUCCACCAUGAUAUGAUUGGUUGAUUCUUCUUUCGUGUAGCAGAGAACACACCGAUUGGCCAGAGUGAGAAUCUUCUUGUGCUAAACAAGACACAGAAACCGCAAACUUUUGUUGGGAUCACACUAUUCCAAACGGAUUUGUACUUGAAGUUCUCAUCCCCUACAAAUUUUCCAUCCACUUGAAACCUGUAGAAAGAGCUAACAGAGAACAAAGAAUUUGCGUUUGGGUUCCACACCGUACGACUAGGGCUAUUAGUGAUUCUGAAGGAAUUGGCCAUAACUUUAUCUAAACAGCCAACUCUCUCAAUUUCAGCCCCACCCCUUAAAGAAAAAGAAAAAGAAAUAUCCCACACACAUUCCUCACCUGACCGAGACAUGGAGUCAAGCAGACUAGGGUUCGGACGAGCAGCAUCAGCAGCCCACGAAAAGGAGUUGGCCAGCAAGACUCCAUGGAUCCACACAUCAUGCCACAGAGAGACAGCAGAACCCGAACCCGGCUCAAUAGACGCACCUUUCCAAAACAGGUCACCCACCUUACAAAUGUUAGCCCACACAUAACUGCUAAACCCUUCAUCAAUCUUUUUGGUUUUCCAUUCCGAAACAGAACUAGAGUAUUUUACACCAAUGAGUUGCCUCCACCAACUUUCUCUCUCAGUGGCAUAUUUCCACAGCCACUUCCCAAGCAAAUCAUUGUUAAAGCUUUCGAGAUCAACAACACCUAAACCACCCUUAUGUUUUGAUGCUUUGCAAAGGUUCCACCUAAUGAGAUGAAACUUGUUUUCCUGGUUCCCUCCGCACCAAAUGAACCUUUUUUGGAUAUUCUCCAUUGUGUUAAGAACUGUUUUAGGAGCUUUCAUCAAAGAGAAGUGGUAGACAGACAAACUGUUGAGGAUGGAUUGAUUCAGAACCAGCCUAGCGCCCAAGGAUAGAAAUCUACUCCUCCACCCUUGUAGCCGAUUUUGAUAUUUACCAAUAACCCGAUUCCAAAUAGAUAUAGAGUUUGGUCGAUCCCCCAAAGGAAGCCCAAGGUAUUUCGUAGGUUCACUACUCCAGUUGCAACCAAAAAUUGCAGCAAGAAAACUAGGCUCGGGAACAUCCCCAACAGUAAACAUCAAAGACUUGUCGAGAUUGAUUUUAAGCCCUGUAACCGCCUAAAAGAAGACCAAAGUAGCAAGGAGAUUAAGAACUUGAUUGGCAGAAGCAUCACAGAAUAUAAGGGAAUCAUCAGCGACGAGAAGAUGCAUAACCUCGCCUUUACCCUGCUCUCAUCCAUGAAGAAACCAGAAAGACCAUUCACCCCCCGAAGCCUCGAGAUCAUAUAUGACAGUAAAUCCAUCACCAACACGAAAAACGCAGGGGAGAGGGGAUCGCUUUGCCGAACCCCUUUGCUAGCACGAAAGUAGCCAUAAGUUUCCCCAUUAACAAGGAUGGACGUCAUUGGAGAACAUAUAUCACCUUUAAUCCACUGCUACCAUUUUCUCGGGAAACCCAAAUUAUCCAUCACGCUGAACAUACAUUCCCAACUGACGUUAUCAAAAGCUUUUUCGAUAUCGAGUUUGAACAUGAGUCCCGGCUUCUUACUCUUUCUUCUGCUAUCAACAAGCUCGUUCGCAAUGGGAGUAGCCUCAGAGAUAUGCCUCCCACGAACAGAAGCAUGCUGGUUUUGAGUGACCAGCUUAGGAAGAACAUAGCUCAGCCGCUUCAUCAACACCUUACUCACCAGUUUAUUAAAACUAUUCAUUAAGCAAAUCGGUCGGAGAUCUUUGACACAUUCCACUACAUCCACUUUCGGAGUCAAAUAAAUGAAGGCAUGAGUAAUGC